CCACACGCUUCGCGCCUCUCCUGUGCCCGAUGGGCCCUUGGGCGCGGAUGCCCUUGGGAAGGUCCUUGCCCUAAGGACAGGACGAACCCAAGGCUUUUGCUCCCCCGGCUGUCAUUCCUAUCUUCGCUGCCUCUCUCACACCCAGCUUUGCAGAGUAUAUCGGGCUGUGCUCGAAUGAUAUCUCUGGACGUUCUAUAGGAACGUGUUUCCUGCGCGUUGUUCUGAAUAUCUGCCAGAACCGUUCCACCUGCUCUGGAGACAUGGCGCUCUUUGCGUUGGCUCUCCUCAGCAUCCUGGUGACAGUUGAUGCAGUUCUCCAAACAAGCUACCCCGUUAAUGCACAGCUCCCUCCAGUGGCCCGGGUAUCACAGCCAUUCGAAUUUGUCUUCUCCCAAGGCACGUUCGCCGGCAGCAACGCUCAAACACAAUACACGCUCUCCAACGCGCCGGCAUGGCUCAAACUGGACAGCAAAAGCCGUACCCUGUCCGGGACGCCUCAGAAAGACGAUCAAGGAUCACCGACAUUCGAUCUCGUGGCUUCGGAUAACUCCGGGUCAGUGAACAUGGGGGUCACUCUGAUCGUAACGACCGACGACGGACCGAAACCAGGGAAGCCAUUACUCCCACAGCUCGAAGACAUGGGCCCCACGUCGGCUCCGGACACCAUCAUCAUACAUACCGGGCAAUCAUUUUCGUUAUCCUUCGACCCUGACACGUUCGCCAACACUCGCCCCUCGACUGCCUACUACGGGACAUCUCCAGACAAUGCUCCGCUCCCAUCAUGGGUUGUAUUCGACCCAGCCUCGCUCAGCUUCUCAGGCUCAACCCCGAACAGUGGUCCCCAAACAUUCAGCUUUAAUCUCGUUGCCUCGGACGUAACCGGGUUCAGUGCAGCCACGAUGACUUUCGAGAUGGCAAUUAGUCCCCAUAUCUUGGCAUUUAAUCGAAGCACACAGACAUUCUUCAUCUCUCGAGGUCAACAGUUCACCAGCCCUCAAUUCGCCAGCAAUCUCACCUUGGAUGGACACAAUGUAACGAAGAACGAUGUGGUUAAUAUCCAGGUGGAUUCACCGGAUUGGUUGUCGCUGGACAACGAGACCAUUUCUCUGAGCGGCACUCCACCGGCAAAUGCAGCAGACAAUAACGUCACGAUUAGCGUGACGGAUAGGUUUCAAGACGUGGCGACGCUUAUCAUCAGUUUACAAUUCACCCAAUUUUUCCAUGAUGAUACCGACGAGGUGGAUGCUAUCAUUGGGGGAUACUUCAUGUUUGUCUUUGACAGCUCGGUCUUGACCAAUGAUUCUGUCCAGGUGGAUGUGGAUUUGGGGCAAGACCUUCCCUGGCUUCAUUACAACCGUGACAACAAGACGCUCUACGGACAAGUUCCCUCCGACAUCAGCCCAGAAAGUUACCAUAUCAACUUGACAGCCCGGGAGGGCACCGCAGAGGACACUCGCCAGUUCACCAUCAAAACGGUGGUGGAAGGGACCACCGACAGGCACAACACGACCAGUUCUACAGCGCCUAGCCAACAGAAUAUGGUUCGCGGAGGCAAAGCUGGAAUUAUUGCCAUCGCCGUAGUCGUUCCUUUUGUGUUUCUGAGCACCGCCCUGCUGCUGUUCUGCUGCUGGCGUCACAAGCGUAAAGCGGCCGCGGCCAACCCCGAGGACGGGCAGCCACCCGAGAAAACACCGCCAUCACGGCCAGAGCGCUGUGAUGUCUCGCAUAGUCAGCCUUUUGAAGAGACCACGCGGGGUGACCCUCCGAAGAUACUCAGAAUCCCUUCGCCAUCAUCUGAGCCUCCGAAACUGGAGCUACCCUUAUGGAAUGCGAGCCCUCUGAAUGACAGUGAACGGGCUCCUGAAGCGGCCGACAAAGAAAACACCUUCUCGGAUUCCACUUUCGACUGGGGAUUCGCGCCCUUGAAAGAACCGGAGCCGGCAGCGACCAAACCGGUCGAAGACUUGCCCGCGCAGCCGAAGCGCCUGUCGUUCCAGAACAGUCCUCCCUUACAUAGGCGAACCACAACAAGUUCGCGGAGACGAGAGCCUCUUAGACAAACCCAACCCAGGAGAUCUUUGAAGCGAAACUCGACGACGUCUCGAUCACGAAGGUAUUCGAAACGGUCGAGCGGCAUUUCGACGGUUGCAUCCGGGCUCCCACUCCGACUCAGUGGUGCUGGACACGGAGCCGGUGGGUUCGGCCCCCCGGGCCAUGGGGUGGUGCGCCUUUCCUGGCAAAACACGCACGCUUCAUUCCAGAGCGACGAGAGCGACGUGGGCAAUCUCGCGCCGCUGUUCCCUCGGCCGCCCCCUCGGACCCGAGAGAGCGGGGAUUUCUCAAGACGAUUGAGCCUUCGAACUGUAGAGCCGGAUGCUCUAACGAUCUCCGAGACCGACUCGUUGGAGGCCUUUGUCCACAGCCGUGCGAAGAGCCGGAACUCUUCGAACCCAUUGUUCGCCGGUCAAUACGGUCGCCGUACAUCGGCGGGCCGGGCUCUCGAACGCGCCCGCAGCACCGUGAGUCGGACAGAGACGGUGGCCAGUUCCAAUUAUGUCGAUGAAUCUCGCUACUCAGCCCAAGAGCGUCCGUGGUCGGCAGCCAUGUCUGCAUCCAUUUACACCGAUGACAAUCGCCAAUCGGCUUAUCUACAUAGCUUGUCAGAAGAAUCCGUCGACAUCCCCCCGUCCCGUGCUGUGAGCAAAUUGCCCAGCCAAUCGAGUCUGGCACAAAAUUAUUCCGAGGCGAUCGCGCCUCUGCCUGGGUUCUACAGUGAGGUGAGCUUGGAUGGCAAGAAACCGAUGAUGGAUGGAGGAGUCUUUGGGAAGGAAAAUGAUCCGCCCGCUGAGCGGCAGAUCGGGGAGAGCAGUCGGCCUUGGUAUCAGACUGGUUUCUACACGCAAGGUGACAUGGCUGGCGCCGGGCAAUCCCUGCGCAGAACCCCCUCGCUUUAUUCUCUUCCAGACGACUCCAAAUCACGCCGAGUCAGCUUGAACCGGGCGGGGGAUCCGAUAGGAAGCUUGAGAAACGACCUGAGUUUCUUGUAAGGGAGAGGAAAGUGAAAUGCUUGGUCUUUCUGUUCAUAUUUGAUUGGGGUUCGAAAAUGGUUCGGCGAGCGUGAUAUCCAUGGAUUCUGGCGGGUUCAUCUGAAUUGCUUUCAUUAUUUAUCCAUGGGCCGUUGGACGGUUCCGUGUCUAGUGUCUAGUGUCUACCUAGAUAAUCCAGUUAAUACCUCAAUGCGAUUGGGCCGAUGUGAUCGGUCUUACUGGCGGAGCUGUCGUCAAUGCACAACAAUGCAACCAACCCUCGUC